UAAUUUACCGGCCUAUUUUUUAAUUCCCAUAGUUGGGCAUUUUAAUUAAUUAAAAAAUGUGAUUAAUUAUAAGCCCUGAAAAGGCAAAAAAAGAUAUGUGCCAUUAGUUUUAUUUCCUAUAAAUUAAACACCCUAAAAAAUCUCUCAACCCUUGAAAAUUUCUUCAAACUCCACCAAAAAACAAGGAUCCCUUUGCAUUUUUCUCUAUUCUCCUUUCUUCUUUCCCUUUAAUCAUCACUUUCUCCAAUUUUUCACCAGCUUUUUUUUUUCAAGGCCAAUUUUUUUAAUUGGAGUUAGAAAUCAUGGUAAUAUAAUGUGUUAUUACAUGCACUCAUGCAUGGUUAAGUUUGCAUCUUUGCAUGAUGAUUUUCUUGAUUUUUCGAGUUUUGCCGAUUGUGUGUACGUGAUUUUGUUUUUUCGACAGGCUAAUUCGGCAUCCGGGAUCGCUGUGAGUGACGAGUGCAAGCUGAAAUUCUUGGAGCUGAAAGCGAAAAGAAACCACAGAUACAUCGUCUUCAAGAUCGACGACACCGUGCAGCAGGUGAUGGUCGAGAAAGUCGGGACACAAGCCGAAACCUACGAGGAUUUCGCAAACAGCUUGCCCGAUAACGACUGUAGGUACGCUGUGUUCGAUUACGACUUCACCACUGAUGAAAACUGCCGCAAGAGCAAGAUCUUUUUCAUUGCAUGGUCACCAGAUAUUGCAAAGGUGAGAACAAAGAUGCUGUAUGCGAGUUCGAAGGAUAGGUUCAAGAGAGAGUUGGACGGGAUUCAAGUCGAGUUGCAAGCAACCGAUCCGAGUGAGAUGAGCUGGGACACACUCAAAGCAAGAGCUUAUUGAUCACUUCAUAUUCCAUAUUUGAAUUUUUUGUUGGGGAUUUUAUGAUUGUUGGUUUUUAGUACUUUUUGCAUCCUCUUUCUAAUGAUCAAUUAUUGAAAGAGGGGUCU